UAGUUUGAAUUCUGGCAUGAAGAGUUUACAUCGCGUUAAUUAAUAACCUUAGACCUAACUGUUUGCUAGCAGGCGUUCUUUACAUUUCGACAGUAUAAAUGCCUAGCUUUAGCAUAACCCAAAUCACCCUCGCUACGUGGUUCCUUGGGGUGGUGUCGUUCACCCAACCCUUUAGACUCCCACCCGACCCUCAGCCGCCGACGUGGCCUCCAGCCUUCUCAAUAGCAUUCUACGAGGAAAUCUUCGUUUUCAUAGCACCUAUCAGUGGUAAUGAGGGUACAUGGCACUACGACUAUAGCAAUGGCAGGGCGCGGUUCGACCAUCUGGAAGGACAAUCAGACAACUUCUGCCUCGAUAGCGGCAUGAAGCUGCAGAACAACCAUAGUGACUGUCACCUGAUCUUCACUCCCGCAGACAUGUACGUACAUUACCCCGGGGAGAGACAGUGUUGCCGGGCCUGUGGGGCUGCCGAGGGCUGCACCGUUCUGAAACCAGACUGGCUGGCCGGGGCGAAGUACACUGGGAAACAAACCAUCAGUGGUAUGGUGUGUCAUGGCUGGGAGAAACAAGGCGCUGUGGCGGUAGACAGGUGGUUCCAGACAGAAGAGGGCAUGCCUUGCCAGUACUCUGAGAGCUUUAAGCUGAGACCAGAGCUUCACACCAUCACUUUCAGUAACAUCACCUACAAGGUUGGCCCCAUCCAGGAUGACAUCUUUCACAUUCCCAAAUACUGUAACAGGACAUGUCCAUCACCUUACAAGCCUCCUACUGGAGCCGUUUUUUGAUAAACUACAUACUUUUUUACCUCUGUGCAAAAGGAGGUAUUCUAAUCAGCUUGUUUGUUUGUAUUCAUGUGUGUGUCAGCUGUUAGCAUUAUAACGCUAGGCACGUCUCGGACAUCAAAAGAAGUCCAGUCAAAGGUACCAGGCAUUGAUGAUAAAAACAAAAUAAAAUAUAUUCACAUAGAAAUGUCUCUCAACUAUGCAAAAGUUCAACAAAUGAUCUUUAUUGAAUACUGUCAGGUUGAUGUUAAAUGAAUACAGCAGAUGCAGAUUGCUUAAGAAUGGUUGGCAUCACCUGCACAAUUCACGAAGUGUCCAGAGAUUAAAUACUUGUAAAACGUA